AUGGCGCCUUCAAUCAAGAACGUUGCGCUCGCCGGAGCACAGGCCGGCGGCAACCUUGGACCCUCUGUCCUGAAGGAGCUCAUGAAUUCCAACAAGUUCAACAUUACAAUUCUGACCCGCAAAGUCGGAUCCCAAAAGUUCCCGUCAGGCGUCACAAUCAAAGAAGUCGACUACGAUUCCCUCGACUCCCUGACCCAGGCUCUCAAGGGCCAAGACGCCCUCAUCAACUGCAUACAGACCUUCGAUCCCAAGAUCGCGACCCGUAUGGUCGACGCUGCCAUUGCCGCCGGUGUCUACCGUUACGUCCCGCCUGACUUCGGCCUCGACCCAGAGCGCGCCCAUGUCCCCAGCCUGCCCAUCUUCGGCCUCAAGACCAUGACAAACCAAUACCUGAAGCAAAAGGCCACUGAGAACGACGGAAAGUUCACCUGGACCGUCAUCGCCAACGGGCCCUUCCUUGACUGGGGCAUCCGGACCAGCUUCAUGGGCGUCGACGUCAAGAACAAGAAGCUCUCCCUCUUCAAUGACGGCGAGAACGUCGUUCCCUACACGAUGCUCGCCGACGUCGGCAAGGCUAUCGUCGGCAUGCUGCUGCACCCCGACGAGACGGCAAACAGGAUCGUGUACAUUCACUCCGCUGUGAAGUCACAGAAGCAGCUGGGUGCUCUUGCUCAGGAGGCUAUUGGAGGGUCGUGGGAGACCACCACCGUCGACGUUGACGCGAUCUAUGCCAACUGCAUGGAGUCCAUCAAGAAGGGCAUCGUGACGCCUGAGGUCAUGUACCCGCAGCUCAUGUAUGCCUGCUCCAAGAAGGAAUUCGCUCAGCCGUUUGCGAAGAGCGACAAUGAGCUUUUGGGUGUAAAGGAGAUGAGCGACGAUGAGUUGAAGGCAUUGUACAAGCAGAUCGCCUCGGAGUAG